GUACAACCUGAAUAUAUCUUCAAUUACCCUCUACCCCUGAACAUCCCCUCAGUCUGUGAUGUUGCAGAGGUUGUGGUGUGUUGUGAAGUCGUGAAAUAGGUAGUUGUGUAUAUAUAAAUGGCGGCUGACGAAAAAUGGUACUUCACAAAGGAACAAUUAGCAAGUACACCAUCGAGAAGAAAUGGAAUAGAUGCAGAUAAGGAGUUGAGUUACAGACAGCAGGCAGCUAAUUUUAUCCAGGACAUGGGGCAGAGGCUCGUCGUUACACAAUUAUGUAUAAACACUGCGAUAGUUUACAUGCACCGAUUUUACGUGUUUCAUUCGCUGGCGCAGUUUCACAGAAAUGCUAUUGCAGCAGCAUCACUAUUUCUCGCUGCAAAAGUCGAGGAACAGCCACGGAAAUUAGAGCACGUUAUCAAGGUUGCACACAUGUGUCUUCACAAAGACCAGAGUACACCAGACACCAAAUCCGAUCAUUAUCUAGAGCAGGCCCAGGAUUUGGUGUUUAAUGAGAAUGUCCUGCUUCAAACCUUGGGCUUUGACGUUGCCAUUGAUCAUCCACAUACUCAUGUUGUUAGAUGUUGCCAAUUAGUCAAAGCGAGCAAGGACUUAGCCCAGACUUCCUACUUCAUGGCAUCAAACAGUUUACACCUUACGACCAUGUGCCUGCAGUAUAAACCGACAGUUGUUGCCUGUUUCUGCAUCCACUUGGCCUGCAAGUGGUCAAAUUGGGAGAUACCCCAGAGUAACGAAGGAAAGCACUGGUUCUGGUACGUUGACAGAACAGUGACAUCCGAGCUUCUUCAACAGCUAACCGUCGAGUUCCUCCACAUCUUCGACAGAUGUCCCUCUCGUCUUAAGAAGAAGAUAAUGUCAAUGUCGGAGAAGCAGAGUCCGACGAUGCACCACUCGAGUCUCCCAAAUUCACCAUUCGACGUUGAGCCACGAAAGGUCAACUCACCCGCCCCAGACGGUGGCCCGACAUUUCAAUCAGCCCGUCCAUUUCCCCAGGAGAAAGACGACACAAAGCCCUCAACAUCACGUCCGCAGUUGGACCGAGAGUACAGGGAGAAGAAGGAGCGUGAGCGCUUGGAACGAGAGAAGCUUGCAAAUUCUCUGCCGAUGCCCCACGAUCCCCAGAAGCAUCAUCACCAUCACAAACCACCACCAAAUCUCCUCCAGAAGCAUCCCCAACAGCCCACAAAGCCCCUCCACCACAAUCACCACCACAGGCCAGAUCCAAAACUCCCACCAGUUCCCCAACGUCACUCUCAAACACGUCAGAGGCCCCCAACAAUUCCCCACACCUCUCAAAAUCCCCCACCUGUACCCCAACCUCAUCCAAACCUAGUAAAUCCCCACCAAAAGGACUUGAAUCCUCCACCCAACCCCCCAACCCAUCCAGACUCCCUCCAUCUGGACAAAACCCCCAGCAAUCAUCUCCAGCGUCGUUACAACGAUCCUCGUCACAAACUGCUGGAGCACAGAAAAGAUGAUCCAAAAAAUUACAAAUACGAUACCCAAAUUCGUCAGCGAAAGCCUGACUCUCUCGAGCAAAGAUCCGAGGAGGUCAGGAAGUUGAUUGAGAAGCCCCUACCUCCACCAAAACCACGUCAAGAGCUCACUAAGGAGGAUUACAUAGCGACAAUGAUGAAGCAACCCCAUCAUCCACCAAAAUACCAAGAGAAACCAGCCCCAAUGCAUAAUACGGGACGCAACGUGCUACCUCACGACUUCCACAAGACACCUGGUGUUCCAAAGCCACCGGUUAAUCCGCCUGGCCACCUCCAGGUACUUCAGAAGGACCAGAAGAACGGAAGUAUCGAUGAAUCGAGACUUGAUAAACGAGUGAAGAUAGAGCCAGAGCAAGUGAUUCCCAAACACAAAUCCCUGUUCAGCCCGGAGAAGGUGCCACGUGAGAAUAUAACAAGGCCGAAACUCCCCAAGCAGAAGACUCCACCGAUGGUUCAGGUUAAGGCGAUCAAGCAGGAGAGGAUGCUCGAAAUGCCUGAGGACUUUGAUCUCCCUGGAACAUUUCCAAGUCCCACAUUGAGCUUCGAGGCUAUGUCUGAGCGACUCAAGCUAGAGGAUCUUGCUACCUUCGAUAUGAAGAUGUUUGGAAAACUUCCAGAGCCCCUCCAGGCACUUAGGGAGCCAGGCUCCACCAAUGGUCGUGGAAUACCUGAUAUAAAGCAGGAGAUAAAACCCUUUGACACUGAUCACAUUUUAACGAGUCAAUUGGAUCUAGGAACGAAAACAGAUCUCGAUCAGUUGAUCCUCGAUAGGCUGGACUCAGGCCCGCUGAAAACUGAGUACUUGAGCCCCAUGAAAUCAGCUCAGGGUAUCUCAGCUCUUCUCCAGGAACCCCUGGCACCGAUGCCCUCCCUCCUGCAGUCAUCGGACUCUGGGAAUUUCAGUCAACCUUCGAGUCAGAUGACACAGCAAUCCAUCCAGAAUCAGGAGCCUGAACCAGUGAUAAAGGAGGAAAUUUAUCAGUCAACGGUGGACAUCUCUGCGCUAUCAGGACCUGGGCAGACUCUUCCUGAAGUCGUAGUGCCCCAGAAUUCUCAACAACCGGAGAGAAAGUCUGAGCACCACAAGAGUGAAAAGAAGAAGAAAAAGGAUAAGCACAAGCACAAGGAUAAGGACAAGAGCAAGGACAAGCACAAGCACAAACACAAAGAGAAGGACAAAGAGAAAAAGGACAAGGAGAAGAUGCAGAAGGUGGAGGAGAACUCCACGGUGCCCAUUAAAAUAACAAUUCCCAAGGACAAAUUGAACCUGUCGAGUGAUAACACAACGUGUCAGGAGAAGAAGAGUCCAAGUGCAACAAAAUUAACUCUAAAAAUACCCAAGGAGAGGAUUAUCAAGCAGGAGACAACAGUUCAGACCGUUGCCAAGGAUGUUCAGGGCUCGCUGAAGAUUAAAAUCCGUACGUCAGGUGCUGGGAUGGAGUUUCCCGAGUCGAGGAAGAGAGAGAGGGAGAGGGAUCCAGCGGAGUGUGCACCAGCUAGCAAAAAGAGUGCCAGUGGUGGACAGGGGCCAGCUGGACAGCAGAGAUCGACUGAGAGACAGAAUGGAAGACAUUACGGAUCUACCAGCAAUAAGGAGAAGCACACGAGAGAACACAAGAGUUCGAGUAAAUUGUCACAGUCCCAGCAGUCGCAUCCUACGUAGUAUCGAGACGAGAAGAGACUACUUAACCAUUAGAAUUUUUUUCAUUUUUUUAAUUAUAAUUAGAAAAAUUCAAACGAUUCGUUUGGGGUGAGAGAGAGAGAGAUCACACGCUCAGGGCCUGACGAGAGACUGAGGGCCCCGAAUUCACUGGGUUUUAUUUGUAAUAAUUUGAGGAUUGGGCUGACAAUCGUAGGAGGCAUCGUGUAUCUAUUCUUGCCGGUUGAGAACGGAGGAAUGUUUAAUUAAACAUGAUAAAAACCCAUAGAAUAUUUACGAUCAAAUUACGAAAAGCAGAGCAGGACGUGGGGCAAUUUUUUUUUUUUACAAAAAAUCCCUGCACCGAUGAUACCCGGGGAUUUCCCUUAUUAUGGAAAUUUCUCUGAUCCACAAAUAUCUCGUAAUCACGGGCAUAAUUCAAGAAAAUGUAUACGCAACUUUUCAUUUACCUCUGGAGUGAUGGGAGAGACUUUUUCCAAUUAAUUAUACAGAUGUAUCUGUGUGAAAAUGAAUUUUUGUCACUUCAGUGCAACUCGUAUUCACGGAAUGAAAAUAAACUCAGGACCCGUUAAUCCAGAGGAAUUUGUGUACAACUCCUUUGAGACGCCCCAGAGUGAGACGAUAGGUCAAAGUAAUUAAAUAAUUUAUUUAUCCAUUCGUGAAUUGUCUUUUUCCUCAUCAAGUGAAUCAUAUAUUUUCCAUGUAAAUAGUUUGAGUCAUUCUCUUUUUUCCUUUAAUCUUCGAUAAUCUGCAUUUUUUUUUUCCACCCCUCGGAUUUCUUUUUCUCCUCAUAUAAUUGCCUAGAUAAUAAUCCGCUUAUACUACACGUGUCUAGUAUAAUGGAAAAACAACUGAAUAGUUUAAAACGAAAUACAACUAUUAUCAGACUGUAAAUAAAAUUAUUUUGUAUGCCAAAAUAAACCAAAUGGAUGACGGAAAAUGGAAAGGUACAUUAAACAAAAAAAAAAAACAAAUAUGUUGCUUUGGGCUAGGCGAAGGAAGAUAAAAUACAUGAGUUGCAUUUUUUUUUUUCUUUAUUUUUCAAUGGAA